AUGAGGUUCGGUGAAUAUCUCCGGUCUUCCAUGAUCAAGGAGUACUAUCCCUUCUAUAUUGCCUACGACGAGCUCAAGAAAGCGCUCAAGACCGAACUCGUCGAGCCGACCUCCGCCAACGCCAAUCCCGCCCGCAAAGAAUGGUCCGAGGACGAUGAGACGCACUUCGUCUCCUUGCUCGAAAGUGAACUGGAGAAGGUCUUCCUCUUCCAGAAGCGCAAGAGUGAGGAGAUCGUCGAGCGCAUCCAGGAUAGCGAACUCGAGGUGACGGAUGUCGUAUCUCGUCUGGAUGGAUCCACCGAGAAUCGUCGCCAGAGCACACGGACGGCGCGCCCAACACCCACUGAUUCCGACUUCUUGAUGAUGGAACAGGUGCUCAGUGAUAUCAUCGCCGAUGUGCACGACCUGGCUAAGUUCACGCAACUCAACUAUACGGGUUUCCAGAAGAUCAUCAAAAAGCAUGACAAAGAAACACACUGGUAUCUUAAGCCGGUUUUUGCCGCUCGCCUCAAUGCAAAGCCUUUCUUCAAGGACAACUACGAUGCCUUCGUGGUUAAAUUAUCAAAGCUGUAUGACCUCGUGCGGACGAAGGGUAACCCAGUCAAGGGCGACGCUUCUGCCGGUGGAACUCAGCAAAACUUUGUGCGGCAGACUACCAAGUAUUGGGUGCAUAGGGAUAAUAUUACUGAACUCAAGCUGGUCGUGCUGAAGCACCUGCCUGUGCUGGUGUUCAACGCCAACAAGGAGUUCGAGGAGAAAGACACGGCUAUCUCGUCGAUCUACUACGAUAACACAGAUACAUGGGAGCUGUACCAGGGUCGCUUGAAGAAGACCGAAGGCGCCGAGGCGAUCCGUCUUCGGUGGUACGGUGGCAUGGAGAGCGAUCAGAUCUUCGUGGAGCGCAAAACUCACCGCGAGGACUGGACGGGAGAGAAGUCGGUCAAGGCGCGUUUCUCACUCAAGGAAAAGAACGUCAACGCCUUCCUGGAGGGCAAGAUGACCGUGGAGCAGGUGUUUGACAAGGCACGCAAGGAGGGCAAAAAGAGCCAGGCUGAGAUUGAUGAUUUGGAACAAUUGGCCCGCGAGGUCCAAUAUCGGGUCAUCACUCGUCGACUCGUCCCCGUGACUCGUACUUUCUACCACCGCACUGCCUUCCAGCUUCCAGGCGAUGCGCGUGUCCGUAUCUCUCUGGAUACCGAGCUUACCAUGGUCCGCGAGGACAACAUGGAUGGCCGCCGACGCGCGGGCAAGAACUGGCGUCGGAUGGAUAUCGGAGUGGAUUUCCCAUUCUCUCAGCUUCCCCCUGAGGACAUUGACCGAUUCCCAUACGCCGUGCUGGAAGUCAAGCUGCAGACCCAGGCAGGCCAGGAGCCGCCUCAAUGGAUCCGCGACUUGACCUCCAGCCAUUUGGUAGAAGCCGUCCCCAAGUUCAGCAAGUUCAUUCACGGCACUGCGACGCUAUUCCCAACACGCAUCAACCUGCUUCCAUUCUGGUUCCCCCAGAUGGACGUUGACAUCCGCAAACCCGUCACACAUCAGUACGGAAUCCACAGGCCACUGGCAAGUACCUCGAUAUCCGCCAACGACGAAGACUCCGAUGACGACGAAACCCCGGGUACGGACGAGGACGCUCUGAACAACCACGCCACCGAGAACCACAACGGAUUGUUCGAGACCAACGGUAACGAACUAGAUAUCGAAGAGCGUAUCGCCGCCCAACCUCUCCCCGGCGACGAAGACUACCCCUUGUACGACUCGGACGACGAAUCGGUUUAUUCAGACGAACUCGAAGAAGCCCGUCGCAUUGGCGGAGCAUACUACGCCCAACAAUUGGCCAAGCACUACCUCUGUCGAACCGGCCACGCCGUCGCACAGGGUUUGAUGACCAUAGUCCCCCGCCCCCGUCCAACAUCCCUGCCGCCCCCCGAACAGCGUGGCAUUGCAGUCCUGGGAACCCAGCGUCGCACCAUGCAGCGCUUCCAGGCCCCUCCCGGCAAACGCAUCUUCGUCCCCGUCCGCGUCGAACCAAAGGUCUACUUCGCCGCCGAGCGAACCUUCCUCUCCUGGCUCGAAUUCUCAAUCAUCCUAGGCGGCAUAGCCGCAACCCUCCUCAACUUCGGAACAGACUACGCAACCCUCAUCUCCUCCUGGGCUUUCACCCUCCUCGCCGCCGGCGCCCUAGUCUACAGUCUCUUCCUGUACAUCUGGCGCGUUGACAAGAUUCGGAAGCGUCGCGACGUCAAGCGCGUCUACUACGAGCGCUGGGGUCCGACGGUCGUCAGUGUUGGUCUUGUCGUUAUCAUUCUGAUUAACUUUGGUCUACGCGUGCGCGAAGGCGGGUUCAUGGCUGAGCCUGGGAAAGGCUCGUCUAGUCCUGGUCGUUCGCUGCAUGGCGAGUUGUAG